AUGGAGCUAACUGGACACGAAAACGAAACGAAAGGAAACAACAAGGCCGAUGGCGAGAUAAAUGAAGGCUUCGAUGUAAACGGUGAGGUCAUAUCGGAGCUAUCCCACAAGGAUAAAGCACAUGUCAAAGGUCAGUCGGAAAGAGGACGUAGACGAGUUUCAUAUGCCUCUGAUACGGACACAAACCCUCCCAAGGAUAAUGACACCCCUGAUUUUGACGUAAUAGCUGAAGAUGACAGCAAAACUUCUGAAGAACUCUUCAUGUACACCGUCAGUGAGACUCCGCCAAUAUACAUGAUUCUUCUUAUAGGAUUCCAGCAUGCACUCUUGUCACUUUCUGGGUCACUCGCUGUCGUCCUUAUCGCCUCUGAUGUCAUAUGUGCUGAAGAUGACGCAGAGUUUAUAUCUCAAAUGCUCAGCUCUACACUGUUAGUAAAUGGUCUGUCAACUAUUUUAAUGGUGACUAUUGGAGCCAGAUUGCCUUUGUACCAGGGAGCGUACGGUGGUUACAUCAUUCCUUUGCUGGCAUUGAUGCAGAUUGAUCCCAAUAGAUGUACUAUUCAGCGUCCGACUGGUUUGCACAAUUCUAGUAUCGGGCUUAAUGCAACAGUUUCUUCAAUACCGUUUAACGAAGAACAAGCAAAGAAAGAUCUCAUCUUGUCUUAUUUCAAGGAGAUUCAGGGUUGCCUUAUGAUCGUAGGCGCUGUCCAUUUCCUAGUGGGUGCUACUGGCCUUGUGGGCGUGCUGUUACGAUAUGUUGGGCCAAUCACGAUUGUACCCAGUAUAUUACUACUUGGAAUAUAUGUUGCAGAGCCGGUGAUGAACUUUGUUGUCCCAAACUGGGGAAUGUCUAUCCUGACUUGUGCGAUCGGAUUUAUUUUGGCUUUUUACCUAGCCAAAUGGAAGAUGCCUAUACCUCUAUGGACGAGAACAAAAGGCUUUCAUAUUAUCCGCUACCCUUUCCAUCAAAUAUAUGCUAUCCUAAUAGCGAUCAUCAUCUCUUGGUUGAUCAGCUUCAUUAUAACUGAGGCAGGUGGUUUCACGGACAAUCCGAAGGAUAAAGGCUAUCAAGCUAGAACAGACGCCCGACUAGACUCUAUCAAGAAUGCUAAAUGGUUUUUCUUCCCAUAUCCAGGACAAUACGGAACUCCAACCUUCAGCUCCACCGUCUUUGUCGGUUUUAUUAUUGCCACCUUCAUCUCCAUUCUUGACUCCAUCGGCGAUUACUACGCAUGCGCAGCCACAUGUCGCGUUCCACCCCCUCCAUCCUAUGCUGUGAAUAGGGGUAUAGCUGUAGAGGGAUUUUGCACCAUAUUGUCAGGAUUAUUAGGCUGUCCCCAAGCCACGACAACCUAUGGAGCCAACAUUGGGGCCAUUGGUAUCACAAGGGUGUCCAGUCGCAGCGCUUUUGUUGUUGUUGGGAUAAUCUACAUCAUUUUCGGGGUAAUAGGGAAAAUCGCGGCGGUUUUUAUCACAAUACCCUACCCUGUCUUAGGUGGCGCAUUAAUCAUCAUGAUGGGCAUGUUUAACGGAGUUGUGUUGUCCAAUCUCGUCUCUGUCGACCUGACUUCCUCAAGGAAUCUCGUUAUCAUGGGGGUAUCACUUCUCAUGGGGCUCCUUGUUCCACUCUGGGUCAAAACUUAUCCCGAUGACAUAUCAACAGGCAACGCAGAAGCGGACUUUAUACUUAAAGGACUUCUAGGAAAUCCAAACUUUUCGGGGGCGAUAUUAGCAUGCUUUCUAGACAACACCGUCCCGGGAACAUUGGAGGAACGAGGGAUCACUGCCUGGCAGCAACAGGGAACAGACGAGUCUGGAGCGACAAUAGACUAUGUAGAAGGAGUAGAGCUGUACGAAACCUGGCUACCAAGAGCGCUUAAAGAAUGGAAAGGUCUAGAAUAUAUCCCUUUUAUGCCUACACCAAAGAAACGGAAACGCAGCUUGUCUGGCCAAUGGGCACGCAGAAAAUCCAUUAUUGCUGGUGUAUCUGACGUGAUAGUUUAA